CAGGCCUAUUUUUAACAAGAAGCAGCUUAGUCACCAUUCAGUAUGCUCUUUCUAUGGCUUCAGUGUCUUUUAAGGCAGAACAACCAGGCAUAGAUACAGGACUGCAGAUGUCAUUUUACAUGUAUUCAGCAUGAGUGAAAUUAAAUAUGUUAUUGUAUCUUAAAUGAGAUUUGGCACUGGGAUUCACGGAGCAAGUUUUGUGCAUAUAUUAGGAACAAUGGCAACACUUCCACCAAGAAAAAACCCAACCCCUACAAAAAUUUCAAGACAGCACUUGUCCCCGCUGCAGAUCCUUCUACAGAUGGGUUUUCCGAAACACAGAGCAGAAAAAGCCCUUGCAGCCACAGGCCACCGGGGCGUUCAGUUGGCUUCUGAUUGGCUCCUUGCACAUGUGAAUGAUUCAACGCUGGAUCUAGACUGCCCGCGGGAAUACGUGGUUUACCUCUGCCCAUCAGGCCCUCUCUAUGAACAGAUCCAGAGUUUUUGGGUUGAAGCUCUUCAAAAAUGUGGCUGGAAUGGAGCUCAUAAUCUUGUCCCUCACAUAACUCUCUGUUCCUUUUUUAAGUCAGGUGAUGAAAAUUGUGAAGCUCUCGUUGCAUCUUUAAAAGAAGUUGUACGAAGUGUUAUUCCUGCUCUUCCUUCAACCUUGACCUUAGACAAGUAUAUUUCUCCAAAUUACAUGGGUCUGUUUUUAAAUGACCAGCAGGCUGAUAUUCUUAAGAAGCUUGCUGUCACAUAUGUCAAGGAGGUUUCUCACAUGCUUGAAGCUGGGUGUUACGAGAAACUGGAGGUGAUGGCAGCAUGUCUGCCUUGGUGCACUGGGACAUCUCUUUCUCAGGAAUACUGCACCACAGGCGAAGCUGCAACCAAAGCCUUGCACCUUACACUUGCCUACCAGUUCCCACCAUCGCACUUCUCUCGUCUGGAGUCUCUUGUUGAUAUUGUGGACCCAAGAGCACCUGCAGCCUGGGAGGUGCGGCUCUACUCCAGGGACACUCGGAUUGUAGGAAACGAGGUCCACAAAGUCUUAUAUUCUCAUGUCCCUCGAGAACCAGAUGAACUUGAGCUGCUCAUCGGUGAUUUUGUUUAUGUUAAUGGAGACAGUCUGGGUUCAUCACCUGAUGGAUGGGUCGAAGGAACAUCAUGGCUUACUGGGAGUACGGGUUACUUGCCUAUUAAUUAUAUUGAACGAACAGCCGAAUCAGAUGCCUGGACACUUCAUAAAGCAAUCCCAGUUAUAGGCAACUCUGGUUUAGAAGGGCUGGAAACGGCAACUUUCCCACGCCGUCCCCCAAUUUCCUUGUCCUUGCUGAACCUCCUCGAAAACAGUGAAGGCUCAAGACGCUCAACUGAAGUGCUUUCAGAAUCAUCAUCAAUGGAUCGUUUACAUUCUCGACAAGCUUCCUUAGAAGCAAACCAGUCACCUUUGUUGCCAAAAUAUGAGGCAUUAGAUGCUCUUUAUGCCAAGGUGAAAAAGCCAAAGAAAGAUGCUCCCCUUUACAAGUUUCCAAUUGAAGGCCCGAGAAAGAUCAUCGUGGCUCGUCAUGGGGAGAGAGUUGACUUUACCUUUGGUGACUGGAUACGCUUUUGUUUUGAUGAAACAGGAGUUUACACUCGUCGAGAUCUGAACAUGCCAGAAAAACUGCCAUGUCGGAUAGGAGCACCACACAGUUUCUAUAAAGAUUGUCCCCUAACAAAUAUUGGUUUGCUGCAAGCGACUCUAGUGGGACAAGCCUUAAAAAACUCCAACACAGAAGUGCAUCAUGUUUUCUGCUCCCCAUCUCUCCGCUGUGUUCAGACAUGCACUAAUAUUUUAAAAGGAUUGGGCAUUGCUGAACGAAUGCCAAUUAAUAUUGAGCCUGGCCUGUUUGAAUGGUUGGCUUGGUAUCAGGAUGGUUUACCUGUUUGGAUGACAUUAGAUGAGCUGAUUGAGGCAGGGUUUAACAUAAACCGUAAUUAUGAUCCCCUUAUCCGGAAAGAAGAAGUCAAGGACACCCAUGAAAGUUGCGAGCAGUAUUAUGGAAGAAAUGCUUAUGUGACCCAAAGUAUUAUUAAUACAACUCAAGCUCAAGGAGGAACAAUACUGCUGGUUGGUCAUGCAGCGACCUUGGACACAUGCACACGGCAGUUAGUUGGAGGUGCGCCAAGGUCAGCUCAUGAGAUGACAUCUAUUAUCAAAAAGAUUCCGUACUGCUCCACAAGCGCCGUUGUGGAAUUGCCCUCGAGUCGGUGGUCUCUGGUUCAGCCAGUCAUGCCUGUUUCGAAUACUGGACAAGCUCAUUAUGACUGGAGAAUCCUCUUGUAUUGAUGGGAGAAGCAAGGUUUAUCUUUUUUGCUUAGAUAUGAUUUUUUAUGUGUUUGUCCAUUGGAGACCCUCUAGGUGUAUAGCACCCCUUAAAGCAGUUUGCUGUAAUAAUUGUGUACUGAAUUAUCUUUAAAAGAGAGACAUUUUUUCUUUCUUUCUUUUUAUACUUGCAGGAUAUCUGAUUAGGAAUAUUAAGUAAAUCUUUAGUGUAUCUUAUUCUUAUUAAUCAGAAUGUGAAUUUCUAAUUAUUGCUGAGGAAGCAUCAAGACUUUGUAAGAUUAUCCUUGUCGUAGUUAUGUUGCUGGUUAUCUAGUCAAAUCUUCGAGACUACACUAAUGCUGUAGUAUGCAUUACUUUCUUUCUCUUGUCUUAAAUACUUUGGAGUAUGUAUCUUUGACCAGUAAUUAGUUAACGUCUUAGAAAAUGCAUAUGUGAAUAAGGCAUAAAAUGGAAUUAUAGAAUUUCAGUGUACAAAGUAAUUACUUGUUGAAGUUUACAUGUCCAAUAAAUCUACAAAAUAAUAAAGUUGUAUAUUAAAAGGGAUGAUUUCCCAAUUUAAAAUUUAAAAUAUAUAGCAUGGAUUGUUCUCUCAAUCAAGCUCUCUUUCAAAGUCUCUAUCUCAAAGCCUCUGUCACUGUUAUUUUUCCAUCUUAUAUCUUUCACUCUGUGAAACUUUUCACUGCUUUAACUUUUUACUCUAUCGAUCCGAGUUUAAAAGAGAGAGUUUUAAAUUGAUGUCUCUUCUUAGGAAGUGUGUAAAAGUUUAAGGUUUAACUCUUAAUCAUAAAAUGUUUAAUAUUUUGAAUAUCACUAUAAAUGUAAAAUCAGCAUUUACCUUAAACAGUGACAUACUUUUAAUUCUAAUAUUGAUGGUUAGUGUACUUUGUUAAGGAUUACUGAAUGUUCCUUUGAUCUGGAUGUGUAAUCAUACAAUUAUUCUUAUUAAUAUUUAUUUAUUUAUUUACCAUUCUCAAAAGUUUUAUUGCAGUUCUUCCACUGAGAAGCAAAUGAUUCCCUCUGGAUGUUAUGAUUAUUGUUAUAAUACCUAAGUGCUAUACAUCUACCUCUAUUGGUCAACUUUUUUUCCUUUUGAUUUUCUUUACAUAAAAAAGAUAUGGAUAUGAUUUCAUAUGCUUUGUUGUCAGCAAUUGUUAUGUUUUGGCUGCUUGGUAUUAGAUAAAAAAAGUUAUUUGCAGAUUGGCCAAGGGAUCUAAGCUCUUGUUGAUCACACACAUAUAUGUAUACUGUUUUUCACUCAGAUGAUAAAGGUAUGAGUAGUUGCCUAAUCAUUGUUCAGGAAAAGAUGAAACUGCUGAAUGGCUGCUGUGUUGGCCUCUCCUCCUUGCCCUUACCCCAUUCAAGGCUAAUGGCAACAGCGAACCACCAGCGUAUUGUGUGUCUUGACUUUUGAAUUAUUAUUAUUGUUUAUUGAUUUAUUAAUUUGUUCAUUUAUCUAAUUCAGUGUUGUUUUAAAGCAUGUACUCAGACCUCCUCCACCAGUGCAUGAGGAAACCCCAGCCUGAGGUGCUAAAUAGAAAGGAAUAUUAUAUUUAGUAAUAUGAUGUGGCUUCCCCAGGUAUCUUUACAGAGACCAAAAUGAUGACUGAUUUUCUGAAUAUGCAUUGUAUUUUUUUUUUUCUUUUUUUUUUUCUUUGACGACUUUGAAUUUGAUUCCUGUUCUUUAUAAGUAUAAAAGCUAUUCAUUACAGUACUUUUCUCCUUGAAUCUCUUUCAUUACAAAGUUCCAUUUGUUUUCUCUUUCUGCUCAAGCCUUGUCUUUCUAUUUCAUCUUUUCCCCCUACAACUAAUAAAGAAAAUGGCUAGAUUCUUUUUGCAGCCACCAUGAAACCUCAUUUGGGUAUACUGCCCUUUUGGUAAAAUACAUUUCUUUGUUUAAUGUUUCAGUUUACUGAAAGCUUAGAAUGUGAUAUUUUAUUCUUGUAAUAUAUUUACUGUGAUAGAUAUCUAGUGUUAACUGUGUCUUUUCCUAAAAGUGAAAUAUCUUGUAUAAAAAUAUUUUAUUGUUUACCGACUAAGAUUGCCAUUUGCUUCCCACUCAGAUAUGAUAGAAUUAAGUCAAAACAAAGCAAAACUAAAAGCUAAAUAGGCCUUUGGCCGUAAUAUCAUGAGAGAUGCAUGACUUUUUUCAUAUUAUUUCACAUGGAAUGUUUGUAGUCAUGUCAUUAGUUAAGCAGAACAAGUUGUAUUUUCUUCUCUGGUGAGUUUUGAUUUGUUUUUCCUUCUCUGUCUUUUAUUUGUUUAUUUUUUCUUAGAAUCAAAUCAGAAUAAGAUGUGUUCUUGAUAAUUAGGAUGCUAGAUGUAAUUUCACUGACAUGCUUUAAAAAGCAUUAUUUUGUAUUUCAAAUAUCAUUAUACUGAAAGACAGAAAUACCGUAUUGCUGUUCCUCACUAUCUCUUUCUGAAAAGAAUAAAUUUCUUUCUUGAUUCA